AUGGAAGCGCGUAUUCUAGAAGCGAUGCAAUACAUCGGCGAUGUCCCUGAUGCAAAAGUCGCCAAUGUGGCCCGACAAUUCGGUGUUCCACGCAAUCGAUUGCGUUACCGCCUCGAAGGCCGUCCUCCUAAGGUAGGCCGACCAGCCACGAACAUGAAGUUAUCGCGCCCAGAAGAGGCAGCAUUAUGUCGCUACAUCGAUCGCCUUGAUAACGUGAACCUUGCGGUGCGCCCUGAGUUCGUCACCGACGCGGCAAAUAAUAUUCUGCGUGAGCGAUCCGGUCAAGCCGAUUUAGUUAUCGGCAGCAAGUGGACCUCUCGUUUUCUAAAGCGUCACGGUUACUUCAAGAAGCUCCAAAAAAAGCUCCACUCGGAGCGUCAGGCAUCGGAGGACCUCACAAGAGUCACCCAUUAUUUCCAAAAUCUCCAGCAAGUCAUCCAAGAGAAGGGCAUACCACCUGAAGAUAUCUGGAAUAUGGACGAGACAGGAUUUCGCAUUGGAGUUGGCAAGGAUCAGCUGAUUGUCACCAAAAGAAAGCGAGCUCAUUAUUUUGGUAUCCCCGAGAACAGAGAAUCUGCCACUGACAUCGAGGCAAUCUCAGCAAGCGGAGAGUCCAUUCCACCUUUCUUGAUUCUGUCUGGACAGAUGCAUAUGACUUCAUGGUAUCAAAUACCGACUAGACCCCGACACGGCCAUCCGACCCACGUCAAGCGGUUACUCAAACGACGAAAUCAGCUUGGAAUGGCUUCAUCAUUUUGA